GAAAGUUUUUGACCGAAGUACUAGCCAGCAAAAAAAAAAAAAGGAAUGGUAGAUUAGUACUUGGCGCAACAAUCCGUAAAAUGAAUAGAACUCUAAGAUCAAGAUUGCAGUCAGUUAUAUUAAAGCACCUUAGCGCUACUCUACAAUUUCGCAGACCUAGGAGGCUCCGUUUAAAAAAUACUCACACGCUCUUAAUGGCUGCCCAUCAAAGCUAGAUCGAUUUCAGAUUUUCUAUGGCAAAAAACGCCUGAAAAUCAUUGUCAACAAAUUGCAACCAAAAAAUCAUCAGGGGAAGAGCGGUUAGUUAUAGUUCUGCCGUGGGCUGAAAAUCACUUUUCUCAUCGAGAAAAGGUGGUUUUCGACCUGUAUAGCACUUAGCUAACGUAAUCACUAGUUCGACGUGGUGGAGUGUUUUUCUUCACUGUUGUAUCACACACAAAAAAACUUAAUGACUUUACUAGCACGACCAAAUCACCUAACAUUCGUUGUCACCUCAUAGUUUCACCCGAAAAUAAAGAAUUCUACCUCUUCGAUAUCAUCAGUCUUUAGAAACCUUUCACAUAAAAACACAAAAUGGCAAGACUAAAGAAAGACGACGGCGCAAAGAAGAAGGGGAAGGUGAGAUAGAGAUGUGGAUUUUCUUGGGAAGAGUUCUGCGAUAUUGUUUAUUUGUCAUGCAAAAACCAGCACAGCUGCACCAAGUGUCUGUGAUGUAGGAAAUGCAAUUUGCAACAAUAAUGUAUCAAAAAUUCUAGUACAACUACAUCCACUAAAACGAACAGGAGCAAGUGGGAAAGAAGCAUUUUGCUGCGGAUAAGGAGACCCCAGCCGCUUCCAUCGUCGGUGGGAAAACCCCGGGCCUUAAUAACGAAACCCCAGCUAUCCUGUGUAGAAACGUCCCCACCCCAGAGUUGUCAUGCAAAUGCGCAAUGGUAGGAACAUCUCUAAUGCGCAUCUCCAUGGAAGGCAUUUCCAAUCGUGUUUUGACAUUUGUAAUGCUGUAAACAGGAUGAGAGAGUGGCUUUCUCAUGCGGCUUUCCUUGCUAGCCAGCACUACGCUGCAGAUGAAAACUUGUCAUGCAGAACUCCCAAAACUUAGGAAUUUGUGUUGCAGACUUCCCAUCUUGACUAUGGUGUGGGAACGUUUUUACAUGGGAUACCAGCGGGCUGCGCUCCGGUGGUUGUUGUGAAGAAGCGCACGACCAAGCCAGGCCAGGCGGCGAUCCGGGAAAUCAAGAAGUACUUAUAGAUACGUUUUGUGGAUCUGGAUCGAUUGUUUUUGCAUGUUUCCUUGCAUGAGAAAUCAAUGUUGAAUUCACUCACUGCGCAUGACAAAUUUUUAACAACAUUUGUGGUGCGAGGGCAUUGCAAAGUAUGCAACACAAGAACUUUUUACCAGGUACCAGAAAUCUACUGAGCUGCUGCUCCGAAAGCUGCCGUUCCAGCGAUUAGUUCGUGAGGUGCUCCAGGGCGAUACUCGCGCGCAAGAGUUCCGCUUCCAGUCGCAGGCACUGUUGGCCUUGCAAGAAGCUGCGGAAGCCCACUUAGUUGGCUUGUUCGAGGACACGAACUUGUAUAAUUGCAUAGAGCUGAUUUAUUUUGAUGCCUUUGUUUCUGAACAGAUCCAUUUAUUGCCUGACAAAUUCAAAUUUUCCGUUUGAAGUAAUUUCUCAUGCACAAAUCACGCACAAAAAUCACAGGUGCGCCCUGCAUGCCCGUCGCGUGACGAUUAUGAAGAAGGAUUUGCAAUUGGCUGUCCGCAUUCGCGGCGAGCGCCGGGACCCGGGGAACGGUUACUAAGCAAACAGUAACUGUUAUCGAAGAAAAAAAGUGUUACUGUUACACAUUGCAAGAAAAAAACCGAAUAUUUUCAUCCGUUCAGUAAGAAUUUUUUUGGCACGCAGGUCGGCGAAAACUUCGUUUCUGAUGAAUGACGCAGACAUGACGAAGGCAGCCAGCCAUCGGCCCCCUCAGUUACGUCCUACACUAGCUAGCUGAGGGCGCGCCUAUUUUGGCGCUUCGCUCCCAAUGGCUCGCCCGGAAUGCGGUUCGCUGGCCUUGUGUUUCCUGGCCCCAUCCCGUGACAACAUGAAGCAGAGAAUACAGAUGGAAGGGGACUCGGUCACAAGAGUGGCAAACCGCCUCCGGGUGAACAUUGGCAGGGUUUUGGUAACCCUGUAGCACGAGUGUUUCGCUAUCAAGCAUGCGCGGCUUGACUUGUAGGGGAGAUAUUUUCUCAGACACCCACGGAAGAGCCUGCGCCCGCAGGAUCCCUGAAAUUCAAUCACGGACGUGGGGGCAGCUUCUUUUACGUGGUGUGCAAACUUGACGCAAAGCCUCUAGCUGAAGGCUCGCGCUUUCGCGUGUUUGCUUUCAGUCGAGGUGUUACACACUUGGAAAAAAAAACGGCAAUCUCUUGCGCAAAAUCGCCCACAUUUUGACCCUCCCUUGAGGGCUGGCCAAUGUUACACAUUUUGGUGUGUAACACAGCAGUUUUUUUGCGAACCCCCAUGGCACUCUGCGAUUUACUGUGUUACACAUUUCAAACAGUAUCAAGAUUCCGCUCGGGGAGAAAAGUCUAGAAGUUGGAUGUCGCCCGGUGAAAAAAGUGUUACAUAUCGAAAAAAAAGUGAUACAGUUGCUAUUUUUUCUGGCCUUGCUUUGACCCCUCAAAAAAAUGCAGUGUGUAUCACUUUUUUUUGCAAUCCGGGUGGAAAGUUGGCUUUCGGGACAGGGCGCCGAUUUCGCCAGGAAAGGGCAAAUUACGUAGAGCCAUCAUGGCCACGAUGGGAAGGAAAAGGCUGGCAUUCGCGGCGAGCGCCGGGACCCGGGGAACGGUUACUAAGCAAACAGUAACUGUGAAUAUGUCAACAUCUUCGAAAGUGUUGACUUCCACUGCAUCGCAGAAGUGGGACGAGCAAUAGACGGUCUAUAA